UUUUCUAUUUACAUGCCUAAAUAUCUUAUGUUUUGACUUGCUGUAAAGUACACCGGCAUUAUUUGGUGACGACAAUAAGAAGCAGUUCGUGGCGCAGAAGGAUGGAGGUGAAAUAUCUUCUGCUGUGCAUUUGGGGCUUACAAACGAUUUCGACAUCGUUGGCGUACAUUGAAGGACUGUACUGCGGUUUGGAGAACUGCUAUGAUGUUCUUGAUGUUGACAGAGAUGCAACGAAAGGUGACAUCAGUAAGGCUUACAGGCGCCUGGCCAGGAAGUGGCACCCUGACAUGCACAAAAGCAGUAAAGCAAAGGAGAAGGCUACACUGCAAUUUCAGAAAAUUGCAAAUGCUUAUGAGAUUUUGACAGAUGAAGAGCAAAGGAAGGACUAUGAUCAUAUGUUGGAUAAUCCAGAUGAGUUCUAUUCCGUAUAUUACCGCUACUAUCGCAGACGCUAUGCACCAAAAGUGGAUGUCAGAAUUGUCAUAGCUGUUACACUUACUGUCAUCUCUGUGGUACAGUACCUUGGCCAGAUGAGUAACUACAACGCUGCCAUAAGAUAUCUCAUCCAACAGCCAAAAUACAGAAUGCGAGCUAUGGAGAUAGCAAAGACUGAAGGACUGUUACAGACAGACAAGAAAAAACAGAGGGGAAAGUCAAAGGAAGAAAUCAAAGAAGAAGAGGAAGCAGUUUUGAAAAAGGUUUUAACAGAAAAAAUGGAUAUCAGGGGCGGUUACAGCAAACCAGACCCUUACAGUGUCCUGUGGGUGCAGCUGAUCUUGUCUCCCUACAAUAUUUUGAUGUAUAUACUCUGGUGGGGGAAGUGGAUCUGGAGGUUCACUAUAAAAAAGGAAGAAUAUGGAGAAGAGGAGAAGUUGUAUCUCAUCAAAUCAUAUUUGAAAAAAUACAGUGGGCUUACAAAUGUGCAAUGGGAGUCUCUUGAAGACCAUCAGAGAGAAGACUUCUUGAACAGAGAGCUGUGGAUUUUAGAGAAAUUUCAAGAGUGGAAAAAAAUCCAGGAUGAAGAAGCCAAGGCCAAACUGGCAGAGAGUGCCAGGUACAAAAGCUACAGAAGAUUCAUGAAGAACCAUGGUGUGGGACAAAUGACAUUUGGACCAGAAUGACCCAGCUGUGUUCAGCCGGACCUCCUUUGUAUGCAGAAUUUUACUGAUAGGCUGAAAUAUGCCACGGUCUUACAGCCUUUUCAUCUAGCUUAUCAGGUGCUAUGCAUUCCUCAUACCCACUUACCCAGAAUUUUUCUGGAAUCUCAGAGACCUCCUAGAGGUAUUUGGUUAGCUAAGGUGAAGGUUGCUUUUAUCUCAUUAAAUGGUCCACAUUUGUGCACUGUGGAUUUAACCUAAGCUGAAGUGCCAUGGAGUCCCUGUACUUAGUUUUAGAUAUGCCAUGCAUUCCAUAUGCCAGUGCUGAUGUGGCAUGAUUGGUAAUGUUCUGAAUGUUCUACACAUUAGGUAUACCAGCUAUAGUCACCACUGUGGUAGAACUUGGGCGACGGGAUAAUAAUAUUUUGGUUCUAGGGUUAAGUUUUAACCGAAAAGAAAAACAAGAAAAAAUUAGACACUUUUUAGAUUCAUUAUGAAAGAUUAAAGGCUUAGUUGGUUUUGAUAAGAAUUUUUUGUUAACAGCCCUCGAAGAUACUCCAACUGUUAUUGUAAUUAAGCUCAGAUACUUGGUCUUUAAUGGACUCGAAUUUUUAUUGUGAGCUAUUUGGACUAAGGAUUCUUGCAGGGUGGUUCUCAUGUCCAUUAAUUUAUGGUAGUUAAGAGUACAAGUCACCCUUGUUAGAAAAACAAUAGGCAUUGAUGUCUGAAUUAAGUGGAAAUUGAAGAAAAAAAGAAUUAUAUGUUAUACUGUAUUACAUCAUUCUUACAUGUUCUUGUUGACACCAAAGAUGUUUCCAUGUCUGUGAAAGGAUAAUGUAAUUUUUAAGCAUUGAACAUUUUGUUUAGAAAGAGUAUUAACAAUGAAAGUUACAAAUAAAGUUCCUUUUAGACUUUUA